CAUGGGCGUGAGCCACGUGAACCCUGAUCUUACGAACGGUCAGGCGUUCGGCGUGGAGGUUAUAUGCACAUUCGUGCUGAUCCUGACCGUCUUCGGCGUCACCGACUCCCGCAGGGCUGAUGUCAAAGGCCCCGUCGCCCUCGCCAUCGGCUUUGCUGCCAUCGGCACUCAUUUGUUUGGCAUCCCGUACACCGGUGCCUCGAUGAACCCAGCUCGCUCGUUUGGGCCGGCGCUUGUGAUGGGGGGAGACGCCUGGACCCAGCACUGGAUCUACUGGGUGGGGCCUUUGUUUGGCAGUAUCCUGGCCACCCUCCUUUACACGCUCGUGUUCAGGGAGAAGAAAAUUCUGCUUGUGAGAGAAGAAGCGCCCGAGAACAACUGUGUUGACGAAGCCGAGCUCAAGAUGAUGAGCUAAUGAUUUCCUGCCACUCCAGUUGUUUCAAAAGUAAUUUUCAACUGAAAAAUUAUUUUUAACUUUCAAAUCAAGCGUCAAAAGUUUUGUUACUCUUUUCACAGAUGUUAUCAACCUCAAACUUCCCAAACCUUUCUAUUAACUCCGUAAAAUUGACUUAUUACAUUUAUAAUUAACUUAUCCUUAAUUUUGGAUCCCCUGUGGUACGCCUAUCAAUUAGUGAUUAUUAUGUUGGUUAUUUUCCCAUUAAUUUUAAG